CGCAUGCUCGCAGGUUUUACAUUAUUAGAAGCCUAUACAGAAGCGUGUACCUAUUCGUUAAUGGGGAGUCGUCAUCUAGUUAGGUAGAUAUCGAAGUGGUUUUGUGGCACGUCAGCGUUUGCUGGAUAACGACCGGCGGCAUUCAUGUACUGACAGAUAUUUAAGUUACCGUAAAGCUGUUUGCGUGUCGCUGGAAGAAGGGACGAUGUCGGCAAAUAAAACAAAGAAGGUCAAAAUGGCUACUAAAUCUUGUCCUGAAUGCGACCAACAGAUUCCAGUGGCGUGCAAGUCCUGCCCAUGUGGUUAUGUGUUUAUUAGCAGGAAACUCCUUAAUGCAAAGUUAAAUGAGCGCUCUUCCCCAGCCAUAGCAGACAAGCUGGACUUUAGGCGGAGGAGGACUGAGCGCAUCCGCAGAGAGAGAAUCGAGUGCCCUCUAACCAAUGACAUGGAGAACAGGAGGAGACCCCGGGCUAACAGCCAAUCAGAUCCCAUACGAAGAGGACGAGGCAGACCAAAAACAGUGGGGCUGAAGAAACAGGAAGAGGAGAAAGAGAAACAGGAGAAGGAGGUGGAUAUAUACGCGAGUCUCUCUGAUGAGAAGGCCUUUGUGUUUUCUGUGGCAUUGGCUGAGAUCAACCGCAAGAUCCUGGCGCAGAGACUGAUCCUGUGACUCAAACCCAGAGUAACUCAGAAGACGACCAAAGACACGAGACCUCUCUGGAGCUGGCUGUAUUUCACUUGGAUUACGAGACACGAUUCAUGAAACUGCAAAGUCUUAUCUCGUCGUGGCGAGAAGGAUUAGUGUUGGAAUAUCAGUUAUCAACCAUGGAUCAGAAGACUUCCAUGAAAUCACAGAGAGGAAGAGCUUAUAUGUUAUCGUAUUCAAAAUAAACGGACUGUUAUGAUCUUUACUGGAGUGACCAUGAAAGACAUUUGCAUACGAGAUUUAAAACUGUCAGUAAUUAGUGCUUUGCACAGUGCUCACCAUAUUUUAUAUGUUAGGAACCUUCUGCAGCUUCACAUGAGUUUCACAAUGCCUACGAUGUGGAUGGACUAAAACUGCAGCUCAGUGUUCAGCUCUGCUGGAGGAGGGUGGAUGUUUCUGAGGCGGAGCACUAAUGUUGCUUUUCAAAUUUGUCCCACUUUGACCUUCUGUUGUUUCUGAUUGCUAUUGGUGGCUUUGUCCACAGUGAAGCAUGAAUCUGAUUACUUUAUAAAAAUGUAUUAAAGACAGUCAACACAAACAUUUGACAUGUAGUCGGGACUCACAUGUUUAUCUUUUCUAACUU